CCUUAGCUGAUCUCGCGAGAAGUGGAAUCACUUGCCUGAGACUGCGCACCAUAGAAGCUAAUGUUUGCGAGCUUUUGAAACAACUUUGUAAAGAAGACAUGACUGCGAAACUAACACAGGGGGCAGUUGAAGCCCUGGUCAAAGGAUCCCAUGUAGAGAAUCCGGUGCUGCAGUUACUGAACAUUCGUCAGAUUAAUACCACAGGUGUGCCCAGGUACCGCCUCAUGAUGAGUGAUGGUCAGCACUACUUGUCUUCCUUCCUGAUGGCCACCCAGUUGAACCAUCUGGCAGAAGAGAACCUCCUUGUACCACAUUGUGUGUGUUUGUUAAAAAGGAUGACCAAUAACACUUUGUCAGAUGGCCGGCACGUGGUCGUCGUCGUGGACAUGGACGUCUUGAAGUCAGCAGAAGAAGCUGGAGGAAAGAUUGGAAAUCCCACCUCAUAUUCAACAGAUGGCAAGCUGUCAUCUCCAAAUAAGGUGUCAUCAACCACCUCGGAACCAUUGUCCACUUCAGCCGCUGAGCUACCUGGACCAUCCAACAACAGCAAAGGACGGGGAAAAGGUUUCACUGGAAAAGCUCCUGUGAAGGCUUCACCAAUGAUGACCUCUCCCAUGAAAGGGUCACCCAUGAAGGCUUCACCAAUGAUGACCUCUCCCAUGAAAGGGUCACCCAUGAAGGCUUCAACAAUGAUGACCUCUCCCACGAAAGGGUCACCUAUGAAGGCGUCCACCAGUUCACCAGGUUCUGUCCCAAAAGUGAUGCCUAUCGCUACCCUCAACCCGUACAACAACAAGUGGACUAUCAGAGCCAGAGUCACAAACAAAUCCAAUAUCCGCAACUGGAGUAACUCCAGAGGGGAGGGCAAGCUCUUCUCCUUUGAGGUCGUGGAUGAGAGUGGUGAAAUCAGGAUCACAGCCUUCAACAAUGAAGUGGACAAGUUUUUUGCUCUGUUGGAGCAAGGCAAGGUGUACUACAUCUCGAAGGCGACUCUGAAGGUAGCCAACAAACAGUAUACGACACUGAAGAACGACUACGAGAUGACCCUCCACGCUCAUUCAUCCAUCGUACCUUGUACGGACAGUCAGGAUGUCCCAGUAAUGCAGUGUGACUUUGUGCCCAUUGGAGAGCUGGAAAACCGAGACAAAGACUCCAUCGUUGAUAUAAUUGGAGUGUGCAACAGUGCAGAGGAUGUAUCCCGUAUCACCACUAAGACCAGCAGGGAAGUCUCCAAGAGGGCCAUCAGCCUAAUAGACACCACUGGCAAAGUGGUGACAGUCACACUGUGGGGAGAAGAGGCGGAAAAGUUUGACGACUCCGGACAGCCUGUUGUUGCUAUCAAAGGAGCUCGCUUGUCUGAUUUUCGAGGCAUAUCUCUCUCAGCUUUGUUCAGUUCUACAAUCAUGGUGAACCCAGAUUUACCCAAAGCCUUCAUACUCAGGGCCUGGUAUGACCGGGAAGGUUAUGCAGUUGACAGCCAGUCGCUAACAGAAACCGUGUCAGUCGGUGUUGGAUCGAAGAUGAACUGGAAAACGCUGAGCGAUGUUAAGAAUGAAAACAUGGGACACGGAGAAAAGGCAGACUAUUUUAGCUGCGUGGCAACUAUAGUUUACAUGCGUAAAGAAAAUUGUUUGUAUCAAGCCUGUCCGUCUUCAGACUGCAACAAGAAGGUCAUAGAUCAACAGAAUGGUUUUUACCGCUGCGAGAAGUGUAACAGAGAGUUCCCCAACUUCAAAUAUAGACUCCUACUUUCAGCUAACUUGGCAGACUUCGGGGAUAACCAGUGGGUGACAUGCUUCCAGGAGACAGCUGAGGUCCUGCUGGGUCGCAAGGCAGAAGAGUUGGGACAGCUCAGAGAAACAGACGAGGAAGGGUUUGAUGAAGUCUUCCAGAAAGCCAACUUCUCUACCCACAUCUUUAAGAACCGAGUCAAGCUGGAGACAUAUAAUGUAAGUAACAAUAAACAGAAAAAGUAUAAAAGUUUAUGGUGCAAAGGAUUCACUUGUUUCCAAGACAUAAGACUACAAAAUACUGCUUUGUAUGAUUAGCAGCUCAUGUCUCGU